UAUAAAUAUUGGUCAAUUGGCAGAUGGAUCCCCUAGCCCACCUUUUCCAUGUCUCUGCCACGCUACGACCAAUCACCGUCGACUUUUCAACCAGGGCUGGAGCUGUUAGAGCCAACCAACGCGUCCGCACUAAGCGCUCAGCUGUCUGCGUUCAAGCCACACACUCUCCCAUCAUACGAACUUCAUACCAAUUCCUUCUUUACUCCCAACGAGGACAACGACUGGGAAUGCACCAGUGCACGGACCAUCGAGCAAUCAGUUGACUCGGCCUCAGUAACUGGCGAAACCCUCGUUGACAGCAUUCCUAAACUUGAUGAUAUCAGCAAGGAUGAUAACGCGUUUGCCAAAAGCAUUAAAGUGGUUUUGACCAUAGAUGACCCCACAAGACAGUACGAGCCGGGAAACACGAUCCAUGGCUCUGCUCACAUCGAGAAUUCGGGCGACGUAGACGUCGACUACAAGUUUCUUUGCAUUUCGUUUGAAGGUCGUCUUUUGAACCCUAAACAGACCAAAAACUUCCUCCAGAUCAUCGAUCUCAACUGCCAACCGGUGAAGGUAGCACCGGUGGUGCGGUCAGGCUCGUCCCGUGACUUGCCGGUGUCAUUCGACAUUCCGUACCGGCUUUUGGACAAUGAAUGUCCUCAUGACUUGAUGUCGCACCUCAACCUCCCACCGUCAGUCGACAGCAAAGGUGCCAGAGUGUUUGGAUUUAGUAAUACCGACCUUAAUUACUGUGUGCUGGUGCGGUUGGUGGGCCGGGGAGCAGACUACGGCGUCGUGAGCCGGGGCCCGUCCGAAUACGUGAUUUUGAGAGGAGAUACCAAGAGAAUCGAUAUAAUCCCCACCGAGGUGAAAAACCUCCCAUUGGCCACUCAAAACGGUAUGCUCCACGAUCUUUUGGCCCGUAUCGACAAGAAGCUUCAGAUGGCCCACGAGGUUCUGAAGGUGCUUGGCGGGCGCAAUCUCGAAGGUAUUGAAGAUCUCGUCGGGUCCAUUGAAGAGGUAAUAAAGUGUAGCUCCAAAGGCUCUCAAUCAUACAGUACCGCCCCUAUACCAGUUGUGGGUGAAUCCAACCACAAGAAGGUGAUUGAGUUGAAAUCGGUGUUUGUGAGGCCGUUUUUCAAGAAAAUCGAAAUGUUGUUGCAGACUCCCAACACCGUGUACUGCAUUCCCUACCAAAGAAACCUCCAUGAGAUCUUGACCAUACCUCUUAGUCUUAAGAGUAAUAGUCCUGUCAAACUCAAGAGUAUACGGGUCAGCUUGGGGAUCUUGUCGAUCAGGUCCGACGUGUACCCAAUUCCACUUGAAAUCAACCACGAUAUGAUGUUCAAGAACACCAACCCUCCCAUCACCAACGAUACCGAUACAUUCAGCCACCACAUUAUUAGUGUGUUCCGGGCCAAGUACCACGAGGUGCGGGAUGCGAUUCAGGAGAUGGGGGCAGAGAACUUCAAAAUCGAACAGGAGUUGGUGAACUCGAUCAGGUCCAUGGCGAUGCUCAAGGACAAAAUGGUGGAGCUCCCGCUCUGCUCACCGGUGCUCACCCAGAAUGAGCAGCCAGUCUCAACCAUUGCGUGGACCAAGGUGGACAAUGCCUACCAUUGUGAUGUCGAGGUCACGGUGGAUUUUGCCGGUGUGAACAGUAAGCAAUUGCAGUCAAUGUUUAAGCGGAUCCAGCUUCUUCCGAAUUUCCAGUACUGUCACGAGUCCAGGCUUUAUUAUUUGAAGGUGGUGUUGGAUUUCGGUGACAACACGUUUGUAGCCAAAUUACCGUUGUCAAUCAUCAAUUGACUUCUGCAUCUAUUUAUUUAUAAUAUACUAAUUUUGGUAAUC